AUGAGCGGGGCCGGAGCGGCGCAGGGGGCGGCGGACGCGGCCCGGGGUCUGCGGGUGGACGGGCUGCCCCCGCUGCCCAAGAGCCUGAGCGGGCUGCUGCACUCGGCUGCGGGCGGCGGCGCGGCGGGCGGCUGGCGGCACCUGGAGCGGCUGUACGCGCAGAAGUCGCGCAUCCAGGACGAGCUGAGCCGCGGGGGCGCGAGCGGCGGCGGGGCCCGGGCCGCGGGGCUGCCCGCCAAGCCGCCCAACCUGGACGCCGCGCUGGCCCUGCUCCGCAAGGAGAUGGUCGGCCUGCGACAGCUGGACAUGUCUUUGCUCUGCCAACUCUACAGCCUCUACGAGUCCAUUCAGGAGUAUAAGGGGGCGUGCCAGGCCGCGUCCAGCCCGGACAGCACUUACGCCCUGGAGAACGGCUUCUUCGAUGAGGAGGAGGAGUAUUUCCCGGAGCACCACGCCCUCCACGAGGGGAGGGAACGGGGCCCCCCAAGGGACCUGUCGCUGCCUGUCUCCUCCAGUGACUGGAUUCUGGAGUCCAUCUAGAAAGGGAUCUCAGCAGAGACUGCUGCUGCCCACCGGACACACUGUCCUCCUCAGCUCCCCCUCUCGAAGAAAGCUCCUUCUCUCCUCCAUCGUGGCAGUCGCCAGCGCUGCCAGCUUAAUUUGGAGGACACCCGUGGCAAUCUGUUGCCAGGGCUGGAGACUCCGCCUGGUGCUCAUCGGCACCACCGUGCAGAGACACUCCUGUCCACGAGUCCUGUCCAUGCUGGGACCCUAACAGGAGGAUCCUGGGGCAAAGACCCUCCCAAGGAUCCUUCCCCCAAGGCGACUUUGGCUGGUUACGUCCUUGCAGGCGGUGGACGGUUUGCUGCUCUGCUGUAGGAAGUGGCUCCAGGCUGCAGACUAGGAAAAUUCACACUUCGCGGCCCCCUUCCUUCUACAUCCGGCAGCCAUUCUUGCUUCCGUCUUGUGAGCGUUUAAGGCUCUUGGUUGGGCUUUCUUAACUGCCAGCUGCAUUACUAACGGUCUGAUGACUCAGUGAAAGCUUUGUACCAAAAAAAACCCCCCAAAACCCCUAAACAUUUCAGGUCACACCAAUCAAUGCCAUUCUCUUCACCUGUCAAAAUCUGGAUCCUUCUUUGUCUAUCCGAUGGUGGAGGAGGGAGGAAGAGAACACAGAGGUGUGUUAUGUUGGCAGAAAGAAACGGGGGCCAAGCUCAUAUGGGGUGUCAUUCACUGUAAGAUGGCCAACUUUUUGUUCUGGAAGGUUCUAAGUGUAAACUAGUCUAUUAGAAAGCAGUCCUGCCUCUUCCACUCGACACAAUGAUCACCUUAAGCCUUAAUA